AGGAGGAGGCGGCCAGUCUGCUGCUGCUGCUGCUGCUUGGUCCGGCUGGACUGCUGGAAGGGAGGCCAUGCAGGCUCGCUAUUCGGUGUCCAGCCCCAACUCGCUGGGAGUGGUACCUUAUCUCGGCGGCGAGCAGAGCUACUACCGGGCGGCAGCCGGAGGGGGCUACGCGGCCAUGCCUGCCCCCAUGAGCAUGUACUCGACCCACCCGGCAGCUCAUGAGCAGUACCCGGGCGGGGGCGGCGGCGGGGGCGGUGGCAUAGGCAGGCCGUACGGCCCGUACCCGCCGCAGCCGCAGCCCAAGGACCUCGUCAAGCCGCCCUACAGCUACAUCGCGCUCAUCACCAUGGCCAUCCAGAACGCGCCCGAGAAAAAGAUCACGCUGAACGGCAUCUACCAGUUCAUCAUGGAGCGCUUCCCCUUCUACCGGGACAACAAGCAGGGCUGGCAGAACUCCAUCCGGCACAACCUCUCGCUCAACGAGUGCUUCGUCAAGGUGCCUCGCGACGACAAGAAGCCCGGCAAGGGCAGCUACUGGACCCUCGACCCGGACUCGUACAACAUGUUCGAGAACGGCUCCUUCCUGCGCCGCCGCCGCCGCUUCAAGAAAAAAGACGCUGUCAAGGACAAGGAGGAGAAGGAGCGCCUCCAGCUUAAGGAGCAGCCGCCCCCGCGGCACCAGCCGCAAGAGGGAAGCCAGCCGCCGCCGCCGCCCGUCAGACUUCAGGACAUCAAGACGGAGAACGGCUCCGCAUCGCCCCCCCAAGCCCUGUCCCCGCUGGGAGGAGCGCCAGUGCCCAAGAUCGAAAGCCCCGAGAGCUCCAGCACCAGCAGCCUCUCCAGCGGCGGCGGCGGCGGCGGCAGCCCGCGCGGCGGCAGAGCGCUGGGCUUGGAGUCCGGCGGAGCGGCGGAGUCCCAGCAGCAGAAUCAGCACCACCCCCACCAUCCGCUCCCGCACCAGCACCCUCACCACCAUCAUCCGCACCCCCACCACCACGCUGCCCUCCAUCACCCCCCGCCGCACCAUCACCCCGGAGGCCCUCCUGGUGGAGGAGGGGGCGGCGGCUUCAGUGUGGACAACAUCAUCAUGACUUCCCUGCGCACCUCGCCCCAGGGCGCCUCCGCCGAGCUCUUGGCUUUGCCGCCGUCCGCCGCCUCCUCGGUGUCGUCCUCGUCCUCCUCCACCACCGCCUCCACCUCCAGGACACCUUCCCUGGCCUUAAGCAGCUGUUAUUCACCGGUGGCGGCAGCGGCGCAGAGCUCGCUCUACAGCGCCCCCUGCAGUCAGGGCGUCAACACAACCAGCAGCGCGGCCUCGCCAGCGGGCGGCGGCACCAGCACUAGCAGCAGUUACCACUGCAACUUGCAGGCCAUGAGUCUCUACGCGGCCGCGGCAGCCGCUGCUGCAGCCGCGGCCGCAGGGGGAGGGACGGGGGGCAACAGCGGAGGGGACCGAAGCGGCGGGGGCCACCUGGGCAGUAGCCCCGUCGAGCAGGACCCGCUGCCCGAGUACAGCCUGGCGGCCAGCAGCAGCAGUAGUGCCUCUUCCCUCAGCUUGAGCCCUCAGGAGGGGCACCCUCAAGGCGGCGGCCGCUUGGCCUCUUGGUACCUCAACCAAGCCUCGGCGGUGGGAGAGCUCACCCAUUUGGCCCCGGCCUCGGCUGCAGCGGCAGCCGCCGCCACGUCGGCCUCCCCCUCGCCGGCAGGCUACCCGGGCCAGCAGCAAAACUUCCACGCCGUGAGGGAAAUGUUCGAGUCCUCCCAGCGGCUGGGCUUGAACAACUCUCCCGGCAAUGGCAGCGGCGCGGCGAGCAGCUGCCAAAUGGCCUUCCCCGCCAGCCAAACCCUUUAUCGCCCUUCAGGCGCCUUCGUCUACGACUGCAGCAAGUUUUGACCGAAAGGAGCGGGAAGGGAGCGAGCCGCCGCCUCACCCGGCGGCCGCGCUCAGAAGGAAGGCCAAGUGAGCGCAGCGGCUACUAAGAACUUCAUUUGGCCCUUCCAGCCGUCUUUCCCCACCAAACCAAAGAAAAACUGUUCAGUACAAAGACAGCAUUUGCCCAAUAAAUAAUUAAGUCAUGGUUUGUUAAAGGACAGUGUUACACCAAUAACACGUAAGUUUGUAUGCUUUUUUUCCUUUGCCUUUGAAAACUGUCUCCCCCCUCCCCCCCAGCAGCCCUCAAAAAAUCCGCGAUUUAGUUUCCAUCCCGCGCGCUCUCCUGCGCCAGCCUCUUGGCUGCCUGCCCUGCGCUUGACUGGUUGGGUGCCGACCAAGGAGGCGCAUCCCCGCAACUGAGCGCGCAAGGCAGGUCAGCCGGCCAACCAGAGAGGCCUCGAGACAAGUGCUUCUUGCCCAGUGGCUCUGGCACCGAUGGGAGUUUUGCCAUUGACUUCAGUGGGGCCCUCGCCACUCUAACAGGGCGCAAUGCAGUUUCAAAAAUCAGUAAGAAGUUUGCCAAUUGACUCCUACGCAACGUGGAUUGCGCAGUACACGUGUUAUUUCUUUCUCUCUCUUUCUCUCGCUCUCCCUGUAAGGGCUGUUUUAUACGCAAAGACUUGUUUUAAAGUGUAAAUGGAACAUAGUAAUUUAUUUUUAAAUCUGUCGUUGGCUCAUUUGGACCAAACACCAAAAAUGUUUUCCCUCUCCCAUCAGAAAAACUGACUUUAAAAAAACCUGAAACGCUCAUAUUUUCUUCCAUUAUAUAAGAAAAAGGGAAAUUGUAUUAAUCUUAUUUUAUCGUUUUAUCAUUUUCCUUUUUUUUGUUGUUGAAGAUACCUUGAAGUUAUUGACUUGUUUAUUAAUAAAUUACCAUUCAGUUGGACCAAGAGCAUUUA